CAAGAUGACGGAGGAGGAGGAUAAGCAACUGCAGCCGCCAAGCUACCUUAGUGGUGUUGGUGUAUGUGUAUGUGUAUGGCCUCAAGUUCUUUAAGAUUAGGGUGCUUCGUCGCUAUGUACCGCUCAACUGUCAACUCAGUCUCAACCUUGUUCUUGUGGAUGCUCAUCUGAGUUCAGAUGUCAUAUUGCGGGUACAAAUUCGCUCUUCCAAUUUCGCAGGCACAUCACAGUUUCCAAUCCCAACCCUACUCCCUCUCUUUCCCUCCUUCUUCUUCACAUGCUGCUACUGCUAGUAGUAGUAGCAGUACUAUCGCUGUCACUGGCCUCCUCAAGCUUCCUCCUUCUUCUUCUACUUCUUGUUCACGGCUUCAGCAAAUGUCUGUUGUGGAACCAUCCUCAGACUCAGCCUUACAACAACAACAACAACAACAUGAUCAACAGAACAUCAACUACCAUGAAAAUCCCAGUCCCAACACCAACAGUGUCAGGGACGGAGAUGUUGAUGAUGAUGAAGAAGGAGUUGGAAUUUCUAAAAUACAAGUGCCCAGACAGAAACACAUCCCUAUUUCCAAGUCCCACCUUCUUGAUGCCAUCCUCUCUAACAUGUUUAACCAAGACCAAGACGAUGAUGCCCAUCACUUUCGCCUUCUCACCUCAUGCUUGGACUCAAUAAUUCACGCUGAGCACCAAAGUAUAUUAGAGGAGAUGCGUUCCGAUUACCACAUUUCCAAUUCUGUUGAACCCGUUGGACAGAAUUCAGCUGAUUCAGAGAAACAAGUUGUGGCGAAUGGGAAGGAUUCAAGCUUGGCUAGCAAUGACAUCAUUGAAAUUGAAGACAGGAAGGUCUUUCAGGACAUGCAGGUUCAACUGGAAAACUCUAUGCUUUCCGACAGUGGUUUUGACCUGAGGAGUCUUUUGCGUUCUCUGGAGGGCAUAACUAGCAAAAAAGAUUAUGAAGGGGGGUCCAGAGUUGCUGUCGCUACUCGAUUCCAACGUGCUUUCAUGCAGCUUCUUUCUAAUGCCCAAUUUGAAGAACUAUCAGCCAGGGAUCUAAUGUUAACAUCUGCAUUAAACACAGAUUAUCUCCUUACCUUGCCGAUAUAUGUUGAUUGGAAGAGAGCAUAUGAGUCUAAUGCCAUAAUAUUUAGGCGGGGUUAUGCAACUGAAAAGCAGAGUGGCCUAUUAAUUGUUGAAAAACUGGAUUACUUACAGUCUAAGCUUCUACAAGCAAUCUUCUCUGUUAUAUCAAAACCACUUGCAAGACUUGGCACCUCGAUAAGUGAGCUUUAUGAAAAUGCCAGUCAGAAACGUGAAGUACAAAAUUGGACUGAAAGAUUGAGGCUAUGGCUAAAGGAAUUGUCAGUGUUCCAAAAGUCACUACUUUAUGGUGACCAUGCUUCAGAUGAGCAAAUAGGUGUGAGCCAAGUACCGAAUGCAGAACUCCCCAUUUGGCUGGCAGCUCAGAAGGCAGUAGCUCUAUAUGAAGGGAUUUUGUCAUCAGUUGGUCCUCGUGAAAGGCUAUUGAGGAGAUUGCUUUCUUGGAUUGGACUUAUUCCCCCUACACCAGAAACACCUUUUGAGGUUAACAGUGAUAGUAACUCUCCUGAACCUUAUUUAAGGCCUACGUUUUUAUCAAGGAUAUCACUAAGUGAUAUAUGGAGACCUGCAACAAGGAAGGCCUGCAGAAGUGAUCCUUGGAAAAUAUUGAGAACUUCCAUUUCAAUACUUUUCUCACAGUCAGUCCUGCAGGAGCCAGCAUUUGAAGAAUUAAUUCUACUUUAUACCAAGGAAGCUGGUGAAAUAAAUGCUAAAGAUAAAGCUGAGGUUCCAUCAUUGCAAUUAAAGAUCUAUGAGAGAAUUCCUAUUCCAGAUUUAGCGGUAAUCUUUCCUCACAAAAAGCUAUCAUUCCGCAUCAUAGACACAGUGCGCUUGGAUGCUGCCACAAUUUUGGGACUUCUGGCAUAUUUUAUAAACUACAAGUUUGAGAAUGUCUUAGAUUCCCCAUCAGCGAUAUUACUUGAUGUACUAGCCAUAAGUGCUCUAAUAAUAUAUGGGACUCGUGUGGUUCUUGGCUACAAACAGACAUGGGAUCGGUAUCAGCUAUUAGUGAACAAGACUCUUUAUGAGAAAACAUUAGCGAGUGGCUUUGGCUCAGUGCAUUUUCUUCUCGAUGCUUCUGAACAGCAGCAAUACAAGGAAGCUAUUUUGGCUUAUGCUGUCCUGCUCAAAGCAGAAAAGGAUCAGGUUACUUCUCGACAAAGUGUAGGAGAGAAAUGUGAGAGAUUCAUGUAUGAAGUGUUUAAAGUGAAGGUUGAAAUGCCAAUUGACAAGGCACUCAAUACAUUAUUAAGACUGAGCCUAGCAACUGAAACUUGUAUUGAUGGAAGGCAUGGAUUUCUGGCAAUACCUUGUCCUCAGGCUUAUGUGGCCCUUAAAGAACGAUGGAACAGUUUACUUUGUUAAAAUCCAAUAUGCACGUUCCCCAGUGUGCUGGAAACGACCUCUACCCAGUAAUCUUUUCAUGGCACCUGGUAAUAGUUCUGUAGAUAGAAGAAUGGAGGCAUUAUUCAUGUUACACUUUCAUUUAUGAAACAAAGUAUACCAAGCUUGAUGAACAGCUACUGUAUCAGUUGCAUAAGUUAAAUUUGUUUUGGAUUAGUUAUGGUUGGUUAUGCAUGUUUUUCUGUUCAUUUAGUUGAAUUCCCCUUACUGAAGCACACCUGUGUCUAUAAAUUGGUGUACUACAUCAGUUUUCUUCAAUCAGAGAGAAUAAUUCUCAGUUCAUUCUUUCUC